AGUCCAGCUUCCAGCAGUUUACGACAGUGUCGACUCUCUUACGACUCGAGCCGUAUUUCCACGCAACGUGGAGUUGUUUACUAUUUCGGACAGUCCCCAGCGGUAGAAAAACAGCUGAAAACCUGCAAACUGGCAUCUAUUCGUUGGCUAUUCGACUGAGCUCCUGAAGGAAGAGAUGGGAAAGCCAAAGAAAAAGAGUGAUGUGAGCCGAGCCGAGCUGAUGAUGAUGACCAUUGCUGAUGUGAUCCAGCAGCUGGUUGAAGCCCACGAAGAGGGCAAAGACAUCAACCUCAACAAGGUGAAAACUAAGACUUCGGCAAAGUAUGGACUGGAGGCCCAGCCUCGCCUGGUGGACAUCAUCGCUGCGGUUCCCCAGCACUACCGCCGCGCCCUGGUGCCCAAACUAAAGGCCAAACCCAUCCGCACCGCCAGCGGGAUCGCGGUGGUGGCUGUGAUGUGCAAACCGCACCGAUGUCCACACAUCAGCUUCACGGGCAACAUAUGUGUCUACUGUCCCGGUGGACCGGACUCUGACUUUGAGUACUCCACACAGUCUUACACGGGCUACGAGCCCACGUCCAUGAGAGCGAUCCGAGCGCGUUACGACCCCUACCUGCAAACCAGACACCGGGUGGAGCAGCUGAAGCAGCUGGGUCACAGCGUGGACAAGGUGGAGUUCAUCGUGAUGGGUGGGACCUUCAUGGCUCUGCCUGAGGAGUACAGAGACUACUUCAUCAGGAACCUGCACGACGCCCUGUCAGGACACACCUCCAACAAUGUGGCCGAGGCCGUCAGGUACUCUGAGCGCAGCACCACCAAGUGUGUGGGCAUCACCAUCGAGACGCGGCCCGACUACUGCCUGAAGAGACACCUGAGCGACAUGCUGCGCUACGGCUGCACCCGCCUGGAGAUCGGGGUCCAGAGCGUGUACGAGGACGUGGCGCGGGACACCAACAGGGGCCACACGGUGCGAGCCGUGUGCGAGUCGUUCCACCUGUCCAAGGACGCCGGCUUCAAGGUGGUGGCCCACAUGAUGCCGGACCUGCCCAACGUGGGCAUGGAGAGGGACGUGGAGCAGUUCAUUGAGUUCUUUGAGAACCCGGCGUUCCGGCCCGACGGCCUGAAGCUGUACCCGACGCUGGUGAUCCGAGGGACGGGCCUGUACGAGCUGUGGAAGACGGGCCGCUACAAGAGCUACACGCCCAGUGCCCUGGUGGACCUGGUGGCCCGCGUCCUGGCGCUGGUGCCUCCUUGGACACGAGUCUACCGGGUGCAGAGGGACAUCCCCAUGCCGCUGGUGAGCUCCGGAGUGGAGCACGGCAACCUGAGAGAGUUGGCCCUGGCCCGGAUGAAAGACAUGGGUACCGAGUGUCGAGACGUGAGGACACGAGAGGUGGGCAUUCAGGAGAUCCACCACAAAGUCCGCCCCUAUCAGGUGGAGCUGGUGCGGAGGGACUACGUGGCCAACGGCGGCUGGGAGACCUUCCUGUCCUACGAGGACCCGGAGCAGGACAUCCUGAUCGGCCUGCUGCGCCUGCGCCGCUGCUCCCCGCAGUCCUUCCGCGCCGAGCUCAAAGGAGGCGCGUCCAUCGUCCGCGAGCUGCACGUGUACGGCAGCGUCGUCCCCGUCAGCAGCCGGGACCCCAGCAAGUUCCAGCACCAGGGUUUCGGCAUGAUGCUGAUGGAGGAGGCGGAGCGGAUUGCCAGAGAGGAACACGGCUCCAGCAGGUUAGCAGUUAUCUCGGGCGUGGGAACCAGGAACUAUUACAGGAAGAUGGGCUACGAGUUGGAGGGGCCGUACAUGCUGAAGGAGCUCUACGGGCCUGGGACGCUCUGAGCCGGGACAGCGUCUUGACGUGGGACAGUGGAGACGGACGUGCACGGCUGCCCUGGGGUUCAGUGGAGGUGGUUUUGUGGGUUUUACGAUCUGCUGCAGCUCCUGUGCUUCAUGCAGAGAAGGAGAGAAGAUCCACGCGCCAUGCAAACCUUCACUGCAGUGCAGCUUGGACUCUUAAGCUGCCUCCUCGACAAGAAAGCCAAUUGUACAGGAAGGUUCCGUGUGUUUGGGUCCCGUAAAAAGCUUAGCAUAGAUACGCAGCCUGUUUAGCAUCACGGUUUGACUUAAUCAUGUUUUGUGCUGCGAUUGAACAGAAAAGGGCUGCAGGAGGAUGAAUUCCUAGCAGGACGUGCCACCGCUGGGCAGACGCUGUGUGGACGCACCGUCUUUCUUUUUUUUUACAGGAAAUUGAAUAUUGCCGUGACGUGGAUUGCUGCUCAAAGCGGCGACAGUUAAUCCUAUUCGUUGUGAUUCUGCCUCUUGUUCUUGGCUCUGUGUAUUCUGGUAUAAUCCAGAUCACUGGAUUGUUUUUAUUGUUUUUGCCCAAGGAAUAAAGUAUAUUUCAGUUC